AUGUCGUUUUUACAUGUACAUUCGUGUGAGUGUGCUAAAACUGAGUUAGAAUUAUUUACUCUACCGCCGACCCAAACAACAAUUGAAAGUUCCCAAUGGGUUCAUUAUAAACCAAUUUCAUCAUUGACUGAUAACUUGCCGAUAGAAUUUGUUGUUCAAGGACAAGGGGAUGAAUACAUUGAUUUAGCACAUACGAUGCUAAGGUUAUGCGUGGGUAUUACCAGAAGAAUCCUUGUGACAGCUAGCGCUCACCCUCCUAAAGUAGCACCUAUAAACAAUUUUAUGCAUUCAAUAUUCAGUCAAGUUGAUGUGUUAUUCAAUCAAAAACCUGUAUCAACACCUAAUAAUUUAUAUCCGUACCGGGCAUACAUAGAAACUUUAUUGAACUACGGAGCAGAUGCCAAAAAAUCGCAUUUAACUACUGUAGGGUGGUGCUGUGAUACCCCUGGAAAAAUGGAUAGUUUAACCGACGAGAAUUUAGGCUUGAAAAAACGUAAAGAAUUAUUAACGUGUGAUAAAACAGCAGAUUUUAUUGGUCAUCUACAUUGUGACGUUUUCAAUCAAGAAAGAUUUUUAAUCAACGGUGUAGAAAUGCGAUUACGAUUAACAUGUGCACGUGAUGCUUUUUGUCUAAUGGAUGACACAGUAAACGGUUGUGUAUACAAUAUUAGUGACGCUAGUUUAUUAGUGCGUCGUGCAAAAAUUUCACCAGGAACACUUUUAGCACACGCCCGUAUGUUAGCUAAAACUACUGCUAAAUAUCCACUGACCAGAGUUGAGGUUAAAGCUGUUUCAAUGGCAGCUGGUGUACAUGGCGAGACUAUGGACAAUAUCCUUCAUGGCCAAAUACCUAGACGUUUAAUCAUCGGUUUUGUUGAUAAUAAAGCAUUUAACGGCGAUGCUUCGAUGAAUCCUUUCAAUUUCCAAAAUUUUGGGAUUAAUUAUUUAUCACUGUAUGUUGACGGUCGGCAAAUACCGUCAAAACCACUCCAGCCUGAUUUUGGAAACCGUAUGAAUUACAUAGACGCUUAUCACACGUUAUUCUCAGGCACAGGUAUUCAUUUUUUGAACGAAGGGAACUCUAUAGACAGAUUUGAUUACCCUAACGGCUAUUGUUUAUAUGCUUUUGAUUUAACGCCCGAUUUAUCAGCUAAUAGUAACACUCAUUGGAAUUUAAUCAAACAUGGUACAGUUCGUAUAGAGGUUAGAUUUGAUAAAGUACUGGCUACAACUACAAACUGUAUAGUAUAUGCCGAAUAUGAAAGUGUUUUAGAAAUAGAUGCUUCGAGACAAGUAACUAUAGAUUUCGUCGGGAAAAUUUAUACAAGAGAGAGGGUACAAAAAUCAUACUUGGAAUCUCUACUCUGCAGACCAGUUAUAAAUAUUGAAGAUUUGCAAAACAGUCCCUCAGUAUCUACGCUGCAUCAGCCACGGUUAACCUGUGCCUUUCACAGUGUUUUGGAAUCUCGAAGAAAUCGGAGUCAUGGUUAUAAUCAGUGUGCUUUGUCUUGUGCUGACUUACUGAAACAGUGGUUAAGUAAGAAAGCAAAUUCUGAAGCUGGUGAAAAUAGCUACGAACCUUCACUCGUUUGUCCUUGGGGGUGUGAGGCUUGUAAUGAACACGGUGCAGGUCUUAAAAGCUAUUCAGUAUAUACCAUACCACGCGAUUGGAGUGUAUCCUGCAGACAGGAUCCCGAGAGUCUGGACUAA